AUGUCCCCGCCGUCGGAAUCAACCGCCGGUGACAUCCUCCGUGAAGUCGAUCCAAGGAUCUGGCGUGCUUGUGCAGGCGCUUCUGUUCAGAUCCCUUCUCUCUAUUCUAGGGUUUAUUACUUCCCUCAAGGCCAUGUCGAACACUGUUGCGCUUCAUCGCCUCUCAUCUCUUUUUCCUCUACCCCUCCUGUUCCAUGUCUCGUCUCUUCCAUCGAAUUACUCGCCGAUCCGAUCACUGACGAGGUUUUCGCUCAUCUCGUCCUUCAACCGAUGGCUCCUGAGCACUUUAUCCCUACUAAUCUCUCUAAAUUUGGGAGAUAUGAAGGCGAUGUUGAGGAGAAUAAGGUUAUUACCUUCGCUAAGAUUCUGACUCCUUCCGAUGCUAACAAUGGUGGUGGAUUCUCUCUACAUGACACCGAUUCAGUCUUAAGGACAAUGAUGGACUCUCUCUACAUGACACCGAUUCAGUCUUUCCUCCGCUCGAUUUUAAAGGCGACCUCCGUAGAAAGUAGUAUUAAUGACACACGUGCGGUGGAUUCCAUCAAUCGCUCCAUUAAAACCUUUCUAAAAACACCCAAUAUUAGGACCACUAUCAACAAAACGAAUCUUAUAUGA